AACCAUCGUUUUACGUCUGGCCUUUGGGACCCAUUCGGCAGGUUCUGUGGGCCACUGGUCAGCGUAAAACCGCAAAUCUGAGACCACAUCGGCGACCGACCGGGCAGCAAAGAAGACCCGGUGCGAGGCAUUACAGGCCGAGUCAACCGCAGGAUCUCGGGCCAGCACCACCCCGAAUCCCCAACCUCGUUCCAGAAACCCCAAUAAAGGAGUGCGAUCGCAUUCAUCCACAAUGAAGUCGGUGACUUUCCUGGCCGCGGCACUCGCUGCCCUGGCCGACGCAAUGCCCGAUCCUUUCGUACCGGCGAUAGAACUGCACGACGGCAAAGUCGGCAGGGUCGGCAGGGUCGGCAGGGUCGCUCGUGCAGUACCAAAGGGGGAGCAACAACCGAUCACACCUCCCGUUCUCGAUAGUCCGACAGUGCAAGGUUGUUUCAAGUCGUCAGGCGAUUUAGUCUUCAACACAACCAUCAAGUACAACACCAUCGGCAUAUGUGCCACCGAUACCUGCUACCAUGGGGGCUUUGCCGUUGGGGGCUCAACGGGUGGAAACCAAUGCUGGUGCGGGAAUUCAUACCCGCCCAAGGACGAUCUAGUAGAGGAUUCCAAAUGCAAUGUGCCCUGCCCGGGUUUCGGUGACCAUGCAUGCGGCGGCAUUGAUACCUGGACCAUCUAUAAUACUGGCGUUACAUUAGCGGUCAAGUACAAAGACGACCCCAGCACAACCAAGUCUAGCACAUCGAGCACCUCGUCACCAACCCAAUCGGCGACCAAGGUCGGGGAAACUGUUGUCGUCACAGCAACCCCUACCUCCGAUGCUGAGAAAAAGCCAAGCGGCGGCACGAACACUGGGGGUAUUGUGGCAGGCGUCGUGGUGGCGGUCGUAGUGGUCGCAGCCGCCGUCGCCGGCGGCUUCUUCUACUUGCGCCGUAAGAGAAACCAGGAGAUUGAAGAGGAACAUCGACGCAAUGCGGCAGUCAGCGCCUUCAUUGGCAAGCCGCCGGGAAGCAGCAGCGGCACGUCCAUGACGGAUUCCCGGUUGGACCCAGUGAUGGCACAGAGGAGAAUGAGCGACGGCAGCAUCGCCGACAACCAAGACUACUCCAGGAGGAUCCUUCGCGUCACCAAUGCGUGAUCACCCCAAGUGAUAACGACAAACGAACUCGCCCUGUAUUUCACUUUGACAUCAGCAUAAUCGGCGUUUUGGGGAAGGAUUGGGGGGGACGGGAUAUUCUACACUAGUCUUGUCACACUCGGUGGUGGAUCGAUCGCGCGAACGGACCUACCUGGGGCGUCUUCUCUUU